AUUCCUCGAAUCCUUAAACACGAAGUUUCGAAACUUAAAGCAAAUAUCCUGUAGCAAGGCGAGCCCACAUCGUGUCCGUAUACUUGCGGAUUAGAAUCCACGACAGUAUCAACAACGUGGAAUGCAAUCGUUUACGCACGCGGUCCAACAAUCUAUUUACCCGAGUCUGAAGCAUACUCGGACCGUCCACGUGACAUAAUCUGCAGCUCCGUUGCGAGUUAUCGAGUUCAUCCAUACCCAAGUUCGAUCAACGCCGGCUUAACUAUUUAGAAUCUCUAACCGUAGUUCUGGGAUUUGCUUUGACGAGCCAGUGUAGAACAUCCGCGUCUGACGACGAAUUCGAACCAGUCCACUGUUCGUGGCAUGCAUUGUGCGACCUAUGCAUGCAUGCACGAUGUUUGCACUGCUUGGUCGCCACGAUUAUUGUCCAGCGCUGUUUGGCCGUGUGUACGUACCAGCGGAAAACUGGAAACCACUCUCGAAUCGGAUUCGAGAAGUUCUAUGUCUAUAUCGUGAAGCAGAGUGCGGAACUCGCUCGAGAGCCGCUUUCUAAUGUUCGUGGCGGCUGUAUUUGGUGUGUGUGAGGAAGUUUCGAACGAUAGCUUCGUGCGCUGGACAGAGAACGACCGGAAAAGUGGUCGUCCCGCAUACGUAAGUUUGCCGAGAUUUAUGGCGCACGCGAGACGACUGCCCGAGAAAAAGAUAAGACUCGAACGAGAUACGAGUGCGACGGAAGAAAGCGCCAUGGACACAGGUAUUACCCGACUUAUUUACCGGAGAUGUUUGCAACCGGAGAAGGUGGGUCCAGCGAACGUCGUCGAACGAAACAAGCAGUCGCUUUGAAUUAGGAAAUCUCCAGCUGUUUGUGAAAAUAGAACAUCGUUAAACUCGUUAAAGACAACUGCUGUAUUCGCGCGACAUCGAUAACGCGCGAAAGAAUACGUUAUUCGACCGUGUAGAUUAAAGAAGAAGAAAAUUGAAAUUUCCUCUUGGACGUUAGACGUCGAUGCGGGUAUCAAUCGUUUCGAACAAGAAGAUUACGAAUUACGAAUUACCGUAGGAACAAACACCAACGAGGAUUAUCGGAUCCGGGGAAUUUAAUUGAUUCAAAACACGGUAUGGCACAACUCGCAUACGGAUCUAUUGACCGCGCAUAAUCUAGCCAAACCCAUCCAUUCCAAUUCGUAUUCCAACAUGUUUCCAUUCAAUUUCGAGUUCGUCGCUUACGGGAAGUCUAAUUUGAAAAUCAACCGUGUCUUAGGCUAACACGCGUACUUCCGUCGGUUACCGGUUGCGACGACAAUGCAACCGCGGUCCGUAAGCCAGGAUUACGGGCCUGGACUUGUUCUACGACACAAUAUCAAUCAUGUUCUGUUAGUUAAAGUUCGUCGUUCGAGUCACCAACGUAACGCAAACCGCACCAGCCAAGGAAUCAAAGCGCGUUCACGGAUACGAGGAAGCACGUGCAAUCAAAUCAAAGGCAACGAGAUCUACUCAUCCAAUCAUGCGUGCUACGAUUGGAAAAUAGUCAUUGGUGCAGUGGCACCUAAUAUUCGCAAUCUACAAAGUAAUAUCUCUGAAUCAGUUGAUGGAAACAAUCAUUUAGAAAUAUUAUUGAGAAUGUAACCAUCGAGAUGGUCCACUGAAUGAGACCAGCAACGUUUCCGCAAGCUUGCUUCGCAGCUUCAAAUGAUCACUGACUUCGUACAAAGCAUCUUUUGGCCAUCUCCAGAACCAGUUCAUGGUGCAGCCGGAUAUAAGACCAGGGAAUUUCAAUGCUCGUGAUCUGAACUUCUCACCAACCUGCAAUUCAUAUACGAAUACACUUUUUA